AUGAGUGCCCAACUCGAGGAAGAGCGGAAGCAGUACGAGGAGCAGAUUGAGAUCGUUUCCGCCUCCCUCAAAGAUGACCCCGGAAAUGCCGAGCUCCUCAGUCUCAAAGAUGAACUUGACCAGAUGAUUAAGUUGCUCGACGACUCCCUUGCCGAACUCAAGCCCGCGCAGGAACCAGCUAAGCCAGCUGCGAAGGCCACCCCCACCCCGCCGCCACCGGCCGAAGAGAAAUGGUCUCGAGAGAACCAUCCCGCCUAUAAGAAGGCAGCGGCAGCGGCAGCACCGGUGGAAGAGAAGGAGCCCGAGGUUGCCGUUGUCUACCAAGUCAACGACAAUGUCACGGCGAAGUGGCUCUCGGGCGACAGGGGAUUCUAUCCCGCCCGCAUCACCUCGGUGACUGGUUCGUCCACAAACCCAAUCUACACGGUCAAGUUCAAGAGCUAUGACACCGUCGAGACAUUGCGUGCUAAGGACAUCCGCCCCACGGCUCAGAAGCGCAAGGCUGAUGGCUCGGCGGCUCCUGGCAACAACUCCUCGGCGGCGCCCAUCACGUACUCUCCCACGACCACGGGCGCCGGCGCCAGUCCCUCCGGCACCCCGGGCCACCCGGCGUCAUCAGCCGGCGGUAGCAGCGGCGUCGUGCUCUCCGCGGCGGCUAGCCUCUACCCGCAGGCCCAGCAGGCCAACAAGGCCGGCGACCAGGCCGGCGAGGAGAAGCCGGCAAAGAAGUUCAAGAAGAUCAAGGCGACCAAGGAACUCGAGGCCGGCAAGAGCAAGUGGCAGGAGUUCAACGCCAAGGGAAAGCUGGGGAAGAGCAAGAAGAAGGAUAGCAUGUUCCGCACUCCGGACGGUGUGCAUGGACGCGUCGGUUUCACUGGCUCCGGUCAGGCCAUGCGCAAGGAUCCUACCCGCAGCCGUCACGUCUACCAGCCGAAUGAGGAUCUGGACUGA